GCGCUGCCCCGCUCCGCCGCCGAGCCCGCCGCAGCGCCUCUCUCCCGGAUCGCAGCCGGCAGCAAGCGGGAGGAGGCGGCGGCGGUCGGCGGCUCCUGCACGGCCGGGCCUGAGCGCCGGAGCCCGGCUGCGACAUGUCCGGCAAGCUGGAGAAAGCAGUAAAUAACCCUGUGAGAAUAGUACAUAUAACUCCACACCAGCGAAGCAGCGUGAAGAGUUCAAACACGGGAAGAUGACUCUGUAGACACACACAAAUGCAGUGCGGUUCCAUAAACAAUAGAACAGAAAGGCCAAAAAUACCAUACAAAAAUCAUACGCUGCGCAACCUAGAGACCCGACCUUGCAACACACUGAACUCCCAUUGAAGAACUCAAGACAUCAUGCAGGAUCCGUCCCCAGAUUCUGAGCGUUCCCAUCUCUCCUCGUUCACUAUGAAGUUGAAGGGCAAGUUUCAUUCACCAAAAAUAAAGAGGACCCCUUCAAAGAAAGGAAAGCAAGCUGACCUGACAGUGAAAACACCAGAGAAGUCAGCGAACAAAAAUGUAUCAUGGCUAGAGGAAAAGGAGAAGGAGGUUGUCAGUGCAUUGCGCUACUUCAAGACUAUUGUGGACAAAAUGGCAAUUGAUAAGAAAGUGUUAGAGAUGCUGCCAGGCUCAGCAAGCAAAGUGCUGGAAGCCAUCCUACCCUUGGUGCAGACUGAUCCACGCAUCCAACAAAGUUCUGCCAUCUCAUCCUGCUACAGCCGUGUGUACCAGAGUCUGGCCAAUCUCAUUCGCUGGUCUGAUCAAGUGAUGCUGGAGGGUGUGAAUUCAGAAGACAAGGAGAUGGUGACAACAGUUAAGGAUGUCAUAAAAGCUGUUCUGGAUGGAGUUAAGGAGCUGGUCAGACUCACGAUUGAAAAGCAGGAGCAUCCCUCUCCCACAAGCCCGGUUAAACCCAGCCUACCAGCGUGUAAAUCUGACAGCCCAUCAGAACUUCCCCUUACAGACCGAGAAAUGGAGAUCCUAAACAAAACAACCAAUAUGACUCAGUCAAAUGAGCUACUGACAGACUCCAUGGAUGAAGAGGUUGCACCUCCUAAACCCCCUCUGCCUUGCAUUCGUGUGGCAGAAAACAGCCCUCCUCCAGCCUUGCCCCCUAAAAAACGGCAAUCAGCACCUUCCCCUACUAGAGUGGCAGUUGUGGCCCCCAUGAGUCGAGCCACCAGUGGGUCCAGUUUGCCCGUUGGAAUCAACAGACAGGAUUUUGAUGUUGACUGCUAUGCCCAGAGAAGGUUGUCAGGUGGAAGCCACUCCUAUGGGGGGGAAUCUCCUCGCCUCUCCCCGUGCAGCAGCAUCGGCAAACUCAGCAAGUCUGACGAGCAGCUCUCUUCUCUGGACCGCGACAGCGGUCAGUGCUCUCGCAACACAAGCUGUGAAACAUUAGAUCAAUCCGAUCACUAUGACCCGGACUAUGAAUUCCUGCAGCAGGACCUCUCGAAUGCUGAUCAAAUAACUCAUCAGGUGUCAAGUAUCCUCAGCCCCUUGCCAGAGUCCCUGGGCGAGUCUGGCUCCCCUUUCCAUGGACAUACUUUCCAGCUCCCACAGGGCAGCUCUCCUCCGCUGGAAUUUUGCAGCCUCUCGGGAGCUGCACAGCCAACAGAGACUCCUCCAGCUUUACCAGAAAAGAAGAGGAGGAGUGCAGCCUCUCAGACUUCAGAUAAUUCAGGCUGCAGGAUCUCAUAUGAAAGACACCCUUCACAAUAUGAUAACAUCUCAGAGGAUGACAUGCAGAACGCAGGGUCUGUCGCAUCAGUACCCUUCACACCACUUGCUGCUGUUUUGCCCUUCCAGCAAGGAAACUCUUCAGCACCGGUUGAGUUAAUGGCUGACUUUUCUAACAGUGACCCAGAGAAGCCACCACCUCUGCCGGAGAAGAAAAACAAACACAUGCUGGCCUAUAUGCAGUUUGUGGAGGACUACUCGGAGCCGCAGCCAUCCAUGUUCUACCAGACCCCGCAGAACGAGCACAUCUACCAGCAGAAGAACAAGCACCUCAGGGAAGUCUAUGGCAUCAACGACUCCUUCAUCAGCUUAGAACCCUCUCAAGACCUGGCACCUCCACCCGCUCUCCCACCGAAGCAGCGGCAGCUGCAGGCCUCCUAUGCUGCCUCUUCUUUCCCUUCUGUCUCCUACUGUGUCCAGCAAACUAAAGUGCCCUUCACCCCCGAGGACACCGGUGCCACUCAGGGCCUCACUAUGUCAGUCUCUAACUCCUUUCUCAACCGGCACAGCUCCUUUCCUGUGCACUCGUACAAGUCCGUGUUUAGGUCCUACUCCCAGGACUUCGUGCCUCACAACCAAGUCUCCAUACCUCCUUUCCUGUCUUCUACCUCCUCGUCCUGCUCCACCCCGCCUUUCCCCCCCGUCCAUCCGUCUCAGAGCUCUGACCUAGCGGUGCCAGCCACGGCCAGCCAGUCUCCCAGCGCUGGGGAUGUGCCAAACUCCUCUUCGCAGGAGAGCAGCUUUAACGGGAAUGCUCCUGUCUGCCUUCCUUCUGAAACCUCUUUCACUGAUUCUCUCCAGACGGCUUCGAGCGAAAACGCCAGCGAGGAGGCUGGUGAGGGUGAAUACGUCAAUCUGUAUUCCUCUGGCCAGAGCAACGGGGAGGUCCCUCACCCUGCAGGAGAAUCUCCCUCCGUCAAAGACGGCCACCCCAAAGAGCCGGGUUCAAACAGCAGUGCCAUGGGGAAGGAAGGCAAAGAUGGUGCUGAGAGGCAGCAGCAGUCACCGGAUGCUUUGGAAUCGUCACAGUUGGAGGAAGAAGUAGAUGAGCUCUCCCUUAUUGACCACAGUGAAAUUAUGGCUAGGUUAACGCUGAAGCAAGAGGGAGAUGAUGGGCCAGACGUCCGUGGUGGAUCUGGAGAUAUUUUGUUAGUGCAUGCGACAGAGACCGACAGGAAAGAUCUGGUGCUGUACUGUGAAGCCUUCCUGACUACGUACAGGACAUUUAUUACCCCUGAAGAGCUCAUCAAGAAGCUGCAGUACAGAUAUGAGAAGUUUUGCCACUUCCCAGACACAUUCAAGAAGCGAGUCAGUAAGAACACCUUCUUCGUGCUGGUGAGAGUGGUGGAUGAGCUGUGCUUGGUGGAGCUGACAGAGGAAAUUCUCAAGCUGCUGAUGGACCUGGUGUUCCGGCUGGUCUGCAACGGGGAGCUGAGCCUUGCCAGAGUGUUACGCAAAAAUAUCCUCGAUAAAGUAGAUCAGAAGAAAAUGCUGAGAUUUGCCAACUCCACCAAACCUCUUGCAGCCCGUGGGGUAGCAGCCAGGCCGGGGACCCUGCAUGAUUUCCACAGUCACGAGAUAGCUGAGCAGCUGACCCUGCUAGACGCUGAACUCUUCUAUAAAAUCGAGAUACCAGAAGUUUUGCUUUGGGCAAAAGAGCAAAAUGAAGAGAAGAGCCCCAACCUGACACAGUUCACAGAGCACUUUAAUAACAUGUCCUACUGGGUCCGUUCAAUAAUAAUGCUACAAGAGAAAGCCCAAGACCGAGAGAGGCUGCUCCUUAAAUUUAUAAAGAUUAUGAAGCACUUACGAAAGCUGAAUAAUUUUAAUUCCUAUCUGGCAAUUCUUUCUGCACUGGAUUCUGCACCCAUCCGAAGGCUGGAGUGGCAGAAACAAACCUCAGAGGGCCUGGCUGAGUACUGCACGCUGAUCGACAGCUCCUCGUCCUUCCGGGCCUACCGAGCAGCUCUGGCUGAUGUGGAGCCUCCCUGCAUACCUUACCUAGGCCUGAUUCUGCAGGACCUGACCUUUGUUCAUCUGGGAAACCCAGAUUACAUUGACAGCAAAGUAAACUUCUCCAAGCGCUGGCAGCAGUUUAACAUCCUGGACAGCAUGAGGUGCUUCCAGCAAGUACAUUACGACAUCAAAAGGAACGACGACAUCGUGUCCUUCUUCAACGACUUCAGCGACCACCUGGCGGAAGAGGCCCUGUGGGAACUGUCCCUCAAAAUCAAACCUCGGAACAUCACGAGGCGGAAAACGGACAGAGAAGAGAAAACCUAGGAGGAGGGGGGCCGUGCGAGCGAGGAGAAUUGCUCGGCAGAUGCGCAGAGGGCAGCUAUGAGACUGGAGUUCAGUAUUUGUACCUGUUACUGGGUGACGCACCCUCCCUCCCGGCUGGCAGCGAUCACUGGGCGUGCGAGUGUCGGGCCGCUGAGGGCAGAGAUCAGCCAGCGCUCGCUGCACUCGCCUUCCUUCUCCUCCCGUCCCUCUGUGCCAUCAAGCAGCUUUAACCCCGAGGAGAGAGCUUCGUGGAAGGAGGGUCCCAGGCAAAGCGUGUUACAGGUGGUGUUCGGAGAUACCUGGGCUUUUGGUUUCAUCCGUGGAGGAAUCGGCAAGAGCUCGGCGCCCACGGGCUGCUCGCGGCAGCGCAAGCAGCCGUGGAAGGCGAGGUUUUUGAGUCUCGCCCGUGACGCCACCUCGCAACGUGUUUAUCCCUAGGAGACGAGGAUGGAAGAGCCUCCGCUGUCUGCCAGGGGAGCUCUGCUUUCAGAGAGCUUGCUUUUGUUUACAGGGGUCUUUGGUUUACCCCAGAUCUCUCUCGCCUCCUUUCUGGGAGGAAGGCACCGGUUGUAGAUACAGAAGAGGCACUGAAAACGUGGGCAGGGACCCGCCGUCUCCAGUCAUCGUACCCCCCCCUCCUCCUCUUAGAUUUCAUUAUUUAAGCAACUGUAAUCCCUCCGAACCCUGAACCAGAGACUUCCCGAGGUACUGCGGUUCACCCGUCUGUGGACCUGGAUCUUUUAGUGAUGGUACUAGCUUUUGCACAGCAAAUUCUGUAGUAUACGACUGUAAAUAUUAGUAUCUAGAAUCCAUUGAGGAUUUUUCUUUUUGAUGCAUGUCC